AUGCGGCUCUGGGUGCUGCUCAGCCUGCUGCUGCUGCAGGAAGCGCUGCCACACGUUAUUGCAAAGAGUAAGCGUCCCAAAGAACCUGGAGAAAACAAAAUUAAGCCUGUUAACAAGAAAGUAAAACCCAAGACUCCCAAAAUGAAGGAGAGAGAAUCUGUGGACUCUUCUUUGAAGUCCCAGUCCAUACUGACACAGGUGAUGGAUAAAGGUAAUUUCCAGAAACUAGCUGCCACCUUAAGCCUGGCUGCAGGACAAAGCAUAGAACUGCGAUGUAAGGGGAGUAAUGUGACUUGGAACUAUCCUUCUUAUUUAGACACCUUUAAAGACUCCAGACUCAGCAUAAAGCAGCUUGACAGGUACAGUCAGCUGAUCCUUGCAAACUCCACUGCAGCAGACACAGGUGAAUACAGCUGCUGGCUUCAGCUGUGCAAUGGUAACAAAUGCAGGAAGGAUGAGACUAAAACAGGGUCAACAUACAUCUUUUUCACAGACAAAGAGGAACUUUUUGUACCUACUCCCAGUUAUUUUGAGAUUGUCUACCUGAACCCAGAUAAACCUGCAGUCAUCCCGUGCCGUGUUACUACUCCUUCAGCAAAAGUGACCCUUCACAGAGAAUUUCCAGCAGAAGAAAUUGAAACAGAUGGAACUGAUAUUAUUUAUGAUGCAAAGAAGGGUUUUGUCUUCCAGCACCCUACUUCUGAUCAUAAAGGUAUAGUCUACUGCAAAGCAGAAUCACAGGGAGCACCUCAGAUUUCCAUCAAGUAUCACCUACUGUAUGUGGAAGUUCCCAAGGGCCCGCCCUCAACCACAAUUGCGGUGUCAUCCAGUAGAGCUGGACUCGGUGACAGAGUUCGUGUCAUCUGCACAGUCCUCGGGGAGCCAGAUGUGGACGUGAACUUCAGGUGGCAGUAUCCAGGGCAAGAGUCCGGGAGGCCUGUGAUUACUCAAAACUUCUGGAGAUUGAUAAACAGAGGAAUUGGACAUACUACAAGAAUCUCAAAGAGUGUUCUUCUUGUGGAGGAUUUUGAAGACAUAGAUGUGGGAAACUAUGUUUGUAUAGCUCAGAACCUACAAGGAGAAACAACAGUAGCUACCAAAGUUGAACUAAAGUGAUAGGAAAGACUUCUGGACAUGGACUGACUUGUAUGCUAUUUGACAUUAUUGCCAUUAAUUUUCUUUAUUAUUGUUUAAAUGUAGCUUCUCUCUGUUUCUUUUAUAUGUCAUUCCAUGUUGACUAGCUUGACAGGCCACAACAGAGUUCACUCUGUCCAGCAGUAGUGAGUUGUGAGUUAAUGAAACUACGAUGAAACAUUAAAAUUUAAGUCUGAACAUGCAGAGGACGUGUGCAUAUUUAGAAACAGGUGCUCUUUGGGCUUUCCUUUGCAUAUAGUUUUUUCCCUCAGACUCUUGCAUGAGGUCAACCCACGGUGUGGAAUGUGCAAUUUUAAGAUUACUGUAUGUGUUUAAAAUAACAAAAACUAAAAAGCAAACUAAAAAAAGCCUUGUAACAAAGUUAGCCAAUAGCAGUUUAUUUUGCAAGAAUAAUUAAAUA